AUGGCGACAAUUGACGGUGUUGUAAUCAAGGAUUCAAUUAAGGUCGAGCGUAUUGGUGUUCAUUCGCACAUUCGCGGUCUGGGGCUCAAUGAGCGUCUCGAAGCGACGCCAGUUGCUGAUGGAAUGGUCGGACAGGUUGCAGCACGACAGGCGGCUGGAUUCAUUCUCAGAAUGAUCCAGGAAGGAAAAAUCGCGGGACGAGCUCUUUUGAUCACUGGAGAGCCGGGAUCUGGUAAAACAGCGAUCGCUAUCGGAAUCUCGAAGGCGCUUGGAGAUGAUACGCCGUUUGUCUCGAUCAGUGCUUCAGAAGUCUACUCAACAGAAAUCAACAAGACCGAAGCUCUCACACAGGCAUUCCGAAGAGCAAUCGGAAUUCAGAUCAAAGAGGAGACGGAGGUUCUCGAAGGCGAGGUGAUCGCAUUGGAAGUUGAUCGAUCGGCGUCUGGUGUGGGACCGAAAGUUGGAAAACUGACAAUGCGGACGACGGAUAUGGAAACGAUUUAUGAUUUGGGAUCGAAAAUGGUUGACGCUUGUCUGAAGGAGAAGAUUACGCCGGGAGACGUUGUGCAAGUCGACAAGGCUUCUGGUAGGAUGACUCGUCUCGGAAGAUCCUUCAAUAGGUCGCAUGACUAUGAUGCCAUGGGUCCAAAGGUCAAGCUUGUUCAGUGUCCGGAUGGAGAGAUUCAGAAGAGACGUGAAACUGUCCAUACCGUUUGUCUUCAUGAUAUCGAUGUGAUCAACUCGCGGACCCAAGGAUACGUUGCUCUGUUCUCUGGAGACACUGGCGAGAUCAAAUCGGAGGUUCGGGAUCAGAUCAACAAGAAGGUUCUCGAAUGGCGCGAGGAAGGAAAAGCGAAGUUCGUGCCUGGUGUCUUGUUUAUCGACGAGGCGCAUAUGCUUGACAUCGAAUGCUUCUCGUUCUUGAAUCGUGCUAUUGAAGGAGAGCUGAGUCCGCUGCUCAUUAUGGCUACUAACAGACUAAUUGAAAAGGUUCGAGGAACUGAUAUCGAAUCGGCUCAUGGAAUCCCGUCGGAUUUCCUUGAUCGCAUGUUAAUCAUUAAUGCGGAGCCGUAUCAAACUCAGGAUAUUGAGAAGAUCUUGAAAAUUAGAGCGGAUGAGGAAGGAGUCAAAAUGGAGCAGAAAGCUAUUGAGCUUCUCGUCAAACUUCAAACAGCGUCGAGUCUUCGCUACUGCAUUCAGUUGAUUUCUGUCUCCGAGGUUUUGCGAUCAAGAAGCAAAGAGGAAGUGAUCAAACUUGAGCAUAUUAUGCAGGCUUAUCGCAUGUUCUACGAUUCGAAGAGGAGUGAAAAGCUUCUUGCAACGGCUACUGGCUUCUUGGAAUAA